CCCCGCAUCUCUCUCUGCAUCUCAGCAGCUAAACCCUUUCUCCGUCUCUCCCCUUCUCUCCGGAAGCUAUGUUGCUCCGUCGUGCAACUGCACUGCCAAAAACGCUUGGUAACCUCCGGUUAUACUCUCCGUCUGCGAACGCGGCGGUUCUGGAGCAGGCCGAAGUAUCGGAAUUAAGCUACCUCCCCGGGUUCCCAAGACCCGACCCGAAGUUCGCGGAGACGAUCUUGGCCGUACCUCGGUCUGCCUCCGGAAAGAGCAUCGCAGCCAAGGAGCGGAAAGCGGGUAGGGUCCCUUCCAUCAUUUUCGAGCAGGAGGACGGGCAACAUGGCGGCAACAAGAGGCUUGUGUCCGUUCAGACCAAUCAGAUCAGGAAGCUAGUUACUCAUCUGGGUCGGUCCUUCUUCCUGUCUAGACUCUUUGAUGUCGAGGUCCGAUCCGAAUUCGGUUCUGAGGAUGUCAUCGAGAAAGUUCGGGCUUUGCCCAGAUUGCUUCAUUUGCACGCGAAAACAGAUGCUCCUUUGAAUGUGACGUUCAUAAGAGCGCCUCCCGGUUCUCUUUUGAAGGUUGACAUCCCUCUAGUGUUCAGAGGAGAAGAUGUAUCUCCUGGAUUAAGGAAAGGAGCAUAUCUGAAUACGAUCAAAAGAACGGUCAAGUUCCUCUGCCCCGCUGAAAUCAUACCUCCAUAUAUAGAUGUAGAUCUCAGCGAAUUGGAUGUCGGGCAAAAGCUAGUAAUGGGAGACCUCAAGAUUCAUCCGGCAUUAAAGCUUGUGAAGCCGAAAGAUGAACCUGUUGUUAAGAUAGCGGGAGCUAGGGUGUCAGACCAGCAAAAGAAAUCAAAAUAAACAACUGCCGAGCUAUUAACUGCUGUUUCUUGAAACAUUGAUGAAAAAAUUGUGAAACUUUUAGGGUUUCAAGAUCAUUGGAAUGGAUGUUUUUAGUGUUGCUGGAGAGGGUGAAGUGCAGGAAAAUGGCAGUUUCCGGCAGAAAUUUCUGGCCUUUUUUUUCUCCUUGCAUGCCAUUUUCAGGUAUAUCCAAUUCCCAGAAUGGAAAGAACCUUUCUAUUGUUGAAUCGUUAUGUAGUUAAUAAAAGAUAGUGACAGUUAUUUUCUCUA